AUGGAAUCUUUAAGAAGUGGAGCUGUGGUAGAGGAGUCGAAAAGGCAGUUUGGGGUCCAUGGAAUCCCAGCAGAAGUGGUUUCAGAUAAUGGUCCCCAGUUCAGCAGUAGUGAGUUCCAGGAAUUUGCCAAAGAUUAUGGCUUUAAGCAUACCACCACAUCACCACAUUACCCCAAGGCUAAUGGAGAAGUGGAGAGAGCUAUCCAAACUGUCAAGAAGUUGUGGCAAAAGAAUGAUCAGAAGCACUUGGCCUUGCUGGAUUAUCAAACAACACCAUUACCAGAUAUUGAACUGUCUCCGGCACAAUUACUCAUGGGUCGUCGACUGAGAAAUAAGUUGCCUGUGAUGGAAUGUCCGCUUCAGCCUGCAAGCAACAACCAGCAAGAAGUCUCCAGAGAAUGGAAGCCAGCCACUGUGGUCAAACAUCACCAUACACCAAGAUCCUAUGUAGUGCAAGCUGAAGACAGCAAAAAGUACCGUUGCAACUGGCAACAUCUAAGAGUUUACCCAGCUCCAGGACAUGGUAGUUUGAAUGCAGAACUGUCUUCUGGAGCAGACCAAACUGUAAUCCAGGACAAGGAGCCGCCAAGGGAUGAACCUAACCGACCUACAGCUCCCACUGUGUUACAGGAUAUGCUGUCCCAAGAGCAACACCCAGAACCAGCAAAGGCGAACAGUGCAGGUCCAAUUGUCACCCGAAGCGGCAGACGAGUAGUGAAACCUGACCGGCUUGACCUAUAG